UGAUGAUAACAAUGAUGAUAACAAUGAUGAUAACAGUGAUGAUAACAAUGAUGAUAACAGUGAUGAUAACAAUGAUGAUAACAGUGAUGAUAACAGUGAUGAUAUUAAUUAUAAAGUCACAUG